AUGUUAUCUGCUGUCUCUCCAUCAUGGCAACAUCUAUUAACCAGAAUUCUUGGUAUAUUGGCAUCUCUCAUCGCUUCUCUGGCAUGGCUCGCGACCAUAGCAGCUCUGUUUGGUUUAUGGGCACGAGAUGAUUUCGUUCGAUAUGAACCAGACGAUGGUGAAGUGGUAUACAUAUCCAAUGUCGGAGCUGUACACAAAACUGCAUUUAUUAUAGGCACAAGCAUUACGGGAACAUUCUUCUUUCUGACACUUCUAUUCACGAAACUUUGUUUUGAUAUGGAGAAUCGACGACGAUUUAAACGAAGCAUGUCAAUUAUAUCCAUCAUUUGCAGUUUAAUUGGAGGCGCAUCCUUGAUUCUUCUAUCCAUCUUUGACUCGUCCAACCAUAGCGGUGCUCACUAUACGUUUACUGGUCUAUUUAUCGUGUUUACUAUACUUUCUGCUAUAUUUACAGUUUUCCAUCGAUUCUCUCGGUAUCAAUGGAAUUUUACGGUGUAUCUUCGUGUUGCAUUUAUAGGUCUGGUUAUUCCAUUGGCCAUUACUUUCGCAGUCAUGAGUAGCAUCAAAGGACCUAACAAUGUAUCGACAUUAAAAUCUGUUGCAGCAUCGAUCGAAUGGUCCAUUGCUAUUAUAUUUGUUAUGUAUCUGGCAGCAUUUGGUUUAGAUCUUCUUUUUUAUUAA